AUGUAUUUAAAAUGGAAUCCAAAUAUGGAAACAAACAUUUGGGAAACAUCUGAAUUAUUUGAAGGUGAUAUUAUGUUAUACAAUACACGAAAUGCAAUUUUAAAUGAUACUCUUAUAUGGCCUGAUGCAAUUGUACCGUAUUAUAUUGAUCCAGUAGAUUUUGAUGAUGCAGAAAUUGCUAUCAUAAAAAAUGCAAUAGAAGAAUAUCAUGAAAAAACUUGUGUAAAAUUUAGGCCAUAUGAAGAUGGUGAUUUAAGCUGGGUCACAAUAAAAGGAAAUACAACUGGUUGUUGGUCUAGCAUUGGGAUGAGAUUUGGUGGUCAAAUUUUAAACCUGAACCCAAUGAAAUGUGUACGACAUGGAACAGUUGUUCAUGAACUUUUACAUGUUUUAGGCUUUGUACAUCAACAGAGCUCUCCAGAUCGCGAUAAUUAUGUUAAAAUAAUAUGGGAUAAUAUUAAAAAAGGCAAAAAGAAAAACUUUCGAAAAUAUGAAUAUACGGAAGCGACUAGUUUUGGAGUUGAAUAUGAUUAUGAUAGUAUUAUGCAUUAUGGUAGAAAAGCAUUUUCUAAAAAUGGAGAACCGACAAUUGUUGCUUUGAAAAAUGGCGUUAAAAUUGGUCAACGUAAAAAAUUGAGUACUAAAGAUGUGAUAAAACUUCAAAGAAUGUAUGAACGUGAAUGUAAAUUGACUGAAUCUACAACCACAACUACCACUCCGAAAACUCCAGCUUCUGAUUCAGACGAAGAUGAAGAUGAUGACGAUGAAGAUGAAGGUUUUUUUUCGGGAUUUUUAGAACUUUUUGAAAAUAUAUUUGAUUUUGCUUAA